AUGAAGUCCUUGUAUAUCCCUAAAGAUCUACGCCGUGUGUUCUUCAGAACAUUAAAUACUGACAGGAAGCUUAUGUUUAAGAAGGAAUUUGACACAAGCUAUGUUGGAUUUAUGGAGAAUGGUGCAAAAUGGCUGGUGGAGAACACUGACAUCAAACUUGUAGGAGUUGAUUACUUAUCCGUUGCGGCGUAUGUUCAUUUGGUUCAGUCUCAUCUUGUUUUUCUGGAAAGCAUGGAAAUCAUUCUUGUGGAAGGCCUUAAGUUAGACGGUGUCCCAGCAGGAAUAUAUUCGCUUAACUGUUUGCCUCUCAGGUUGGUUGGUUCUGAGGCAUCACCAAUACGGUGCAUUCUGAUCCGAUGA